CCAGCACAGCCACCAGUAAACAAUCUUCCUACGAUGCCAAAAUUAGUUCUAUGUCGCUUCAUUAACCUUGACACAUGCGUAAGUAUGCAUUUAUAUUUAUUAAGCAUAAGAAUACUAAGAUUUAUAAUUGUUAAAGAAGCAUUGUGACACUCGCAAAGUGUAAGUUUGUACGUGCAGUGAAUUCUACCGCUAACCGCAGUGUGUCAUAGCGCGCCCGAAUGCGUCAUUCGGCGGCGGCGGCGCCCUUGCGCGUAGCAGACGACGCAUGUUUUCGCUAUGAAUUGGACCGGUGGCGCGAGGUCACGGGUGCAAAGAAAACUAAAGCAGAUGGCACAGCGGGAGUUCUUCAAGAAGCAGCGAUUGCAGAGCACACUGGAGGCACGCAACACACAGUGGCCCGAUGUCCAUGGGGGGAAAGACCUACAAAGACUGGACAUGUUCUCCAAGCACAUCGCACCCGCGUCGACUGCGCUGGAUAAGGAAGCUUCUACCUUGGCGUGCUCAGAGUAUCCUCAAAACGGGAACAACGAGGACCCCUGCCCUACCAUGGAAGAGGUUAAUCAAGAACCCCAGAGCCAAGACAGCUACUACAACCCAGAGUGGCUUCAAGUGAGCUGUGAAGAGAGCCAGGGUUCUGUCGCCAUUCCACAUUACAGCAAUGAUGACGACGGGCUGAUUGCUGGUGUCGACUUUCCAGAGGACAACCCUCCAGUGACCCCUCUGACCCAUCAGCUCAACUAUACAAAUUCUUUGUGUAAUGGCCAGCCCAUGGCUAUGGAUCCUAUGUUCCCUUGGCCGGCAGAUGUUGACCCCAAUGAAGAACCAUUGCCCAACUCUCCGGUGGAUGAUCCCAGGACACCAUCAGUGAGGUGGGCGUUAAGGCAACAACUACAAGCCAAGCAAUCCUGGAGCUUACGAAGCAACGACAUCGCUUCUUGUUCAUCACUCACACCAGCCACUACAGUAUCAUACAGAGGUUCACCUAGCGACAGCGGUUUGUCAGUGAUGGUGCAAAACUACCUCCAAGACGCGGCAGCCAACAAAAGAGACAUGCUUGGCCUGCAACAAAUUGCCACACAAGGCCACAGUGCAGUGCGGCUUGGCCGUCACCCAAGAACAAGCAUUCAAGGCACGCCAUUGGGCAAUGCUCCACCACUUAGUGGUGAAAGAUUUCCCCAAGAAAUCCCAGCAAACAGAAUGGCUAGUAUCCAGCACAACCAAGUGCAACACGAUGCAAGAACUGUCCGGCAAAAGAGAAAAGUUCCAAGCUCUCCAAACAGUGCCUCAUCCUCCUUGGUGGACAAUGCCUGCCACUUGGGCACAACGGUCAGUAGGAGAGAAGCACCCAACCUCCAGCAAUCCAUUGCACCAGACGCCAUAAGUAUGCAGUCCAGCCAUCAAAGAGCUAGGAACAUUCCCAGCACACCUUACAGCAAGUCGUCGCUGCCGGGCCGAAACUGCCACGAGGAUGUAGCGAAAAGGGAGGGAGAGCAACCCAGGAUCCCACAAAAAAUUGCACAAGACUCGAGAAGUUCCCACCAUAGCUUUCAGUGCCAAAGAGACAUUCAAAGAACCCCAAGUGCCCAAACUGCAUCAGCAGCGACUGGGGAUCGACUCGACUUGGUGAAAAACAAGGUGGAAUGCACUCAUGUCCAACAUGUUGCUGAGCAAGACACCAGAACACCAAUAUCCAGCCUUCAACAAAGGAAACCGGUCUCUGCAAUCCGCACGCCAACCACCAACAUACAAACAAAAGCCAUUCCCACCCUUCUCACAAAUCCCCACGCACAGCCCAGCAUUCAAGACGAAAGCCAUACUCAAGCAGAAUCUUGUGACAAUAGCUUUGAUGCCAGCUGUUUGGAGGUAACUCCGAAGUCAACAGAGAUGACAGUAGAGCAUCCAAGUGUGACAGAAGUGCGAGACAUGAACAGCUUCUACAAGAGUGCCUGGAUUCUCCAACUCCAGCACGCUUAUCACUUGCGGUUCAUGGAGGAAAUCAAGGCACAGAUCAUGUACAAGCCCCCUGACCGCUUUUCAAUCAUGUCUGCUUUUGAAGAUGUCGAUGACCACUUCACCGGACACAAAACCCGUAGCUCAUCGUUGCCAUAUAGGACACUCGACGAGGAACUGCAAAUUUUCUUCUCGUCUGGCAACUCAACUGCGAGCCAGGAUGUGAGAAAGGACACCAGGGUGGUGUCAGGAGCACGGGGACAAAGUCAGGAGCAAGACCAAGGGACUGUUUCAUUGGAACACAGCAGCGCUAAGAGAAGACCUGCAGCAGAAAUGCAAGCACAUCUGCACUUAGACUCCAGCAUACAUCAGUGUCACGGCACAGCUGAACACUGUGGGCAUGCUGCAUCCGGAGGAAAAAUUCUCACUUUAGAGCCAGAGACAGUGCCCAAUUUCCAACCGUGUUCCCCUCGGGGAUCUGACAACGCACAGCUCGGACGACCAGCUUUCAGCCAAGAAUCGGACACACAAAGGAACUCCGACUGCCCAGUCUCGAAAAGUGAUAGUCAGAAAUGCCUUGCAGUCAAAAAGGAGCAGAGUACCAUGACUAGCCCAAAGGCCAACCUUACAGACACAGAGAGUGGGGGCAUUCUUCAACAGACGUGUACAAUGGGCUUCAAGACUGAAGACGUGCCACGCACACUGCAUACAAACUACUGCAGCUGCGGCAUGCCCAAGGUUGACAAAGCUUGCCAGAGUCAACCAGAGGUCGUCACAGUGGGCACGUGGUGCGAUGACAAAAUCAUGCCUGAUCAACUGCAGGGCGGCGACCACGGAUCUAUACAAAUAAUGCCUAGUGGCGAGAAAUUAUGA